GAAUCAUUUCUACUUGCGCAGAACUGCCGGCACCCAGGCGAGGACCAGGACCGCGCGGCAGGCUUGCGGAAUAAAAGCCGAGUCGUCGUCGUCGUCGUUAUUGCGGUAAAAUGGCGGAGUACGGGUUGACGGUGACGACGGGUGACGCGCCGCCCGUGGGCGCCUUCGAUAAUGUCUACGUCACUCUGCUGGGCACGGAAGGGCAGUCCAACCGGACUCGGCUGACCGGUGGCGGAGCGGCUAAUGGAAGCGAAAAGGUGGUAAUGUCCUCCGUGAUGUCCACGUUCACGCUCGGGUGCCUCCUCCUGGUCCAGCUGGAGAGCGACCCCAUGCACGAAUCCCGAGACCAGGAGUGGUUUUGCUCCACCGUCGUGGUGACGACUCCUGAGGACGACGACGUUUUCUUCCCCUGCUACAAGUGGCUGUCUGCGGGUGAACUUGUGCUCUUGAGAGGAGGCCGAGCCACGAAAGCAUUCGAAGACUACUACCCGCAACUUCGUGAGCAACGGCAAAAUGAAUUGGCCCAACAGAAGUCUGCCUACAAAUGGGCCAAGUACGCCGACGGAAUGUCUCACGUCUUGAGCGUCAAAGAUCCAAAUUCCCUCCCGGCAGAGGUCCGCUUCUCCUUCUCAAAAGCCAAGCAGUUCGAAUACAGAAUGAAGUUCGCAAAGGAUGAGCUCUCGGAGAAAGGCGUACUGGAUACUUCGGCGCGCUGGGAAAACUUUGAGAGCAUGAAGAAUGUGUCCUGGUUCACAAAAUCAACCCUUUCAGAGAGAGUGUCUCAGCUGUGGAAGGACGACGACUUUUUCGCGUACCAGUUCCUCAACGGCGUCAACCCUCACGUGAUCCGCCGCUGCUCCGAGCUGCCGUCCAACUUCCCCGUCACGGAUGAGAUGGUGAAGCCGUUUCUGGCCGAAGGAACCAGCCUGACGAAAGAAAUGAAGAAUGGCAAAAUAUUCAUCGUCGAUUACAAAAUCAUGGAGGGUCUCCCGACAACCGUUGUGGAUGGGAAGCGAGUUCCUCUGCCGGCUGCCCUCUGCCUACUUUACGUAACCCCUGAGAAGAAAUUACUCCCCAUUGCCAUUCAGCUCGGCCAGCGGCCCUCGGAGGCCAAUCCGAUAUUUCUGCCCGGCGAUUCCGAGGCAGACUGGCUGCUGGCCAAGCUGCACGUGAGACACGUCGACGCCUUGCACUGCUUGCUGGUCAGCCAUUUGCACAACACGCAUUUGAUAGCGGAGGUUUUUGCAAUGGCGACGCUUCGCAACCUGCCGAUGGUUCACCCCCUGCACAAACUGCUGAUGCCGCACCAUCGAAGCACCCUCCACGUGAACACCGUAGCUCGCGCAGUUCUCUACGGCCCGGGAAGACUUUUCGAUAAUUCUUCGAUUUCCGCAGAGGGUCAACUGCCUCUCAUGAGAAGGGCGCUCGCCCGGUUGACCUACGCUUCGCUCCGUGUCCCAGAAGACAUCGCUGCCAGGGGUCUGGAGUCCAUCCCCGACUUUUAUUACAGAGACGAUGCUUUGAGGAUGUGGAAUGUCAUUAACAGCUUUGUCAAGGCAGUGGUGUCAUACUACUAUCCACUGGACAAUGAGGUGUCUGCAGAUUUUGAGCUCCAGGAAUGGGCCAAUGAGAUCUUCACCUAUGGGUUUCUGGGUAAUGCAGCAUCAGGUUUCCCUUCAAGGUUUCACCACGUGGAAGAGCUCAUCGAGUACAUCACGAUGUUGAUCUUCACCGUGUCGGCGCGGCAUAAUUCGGUGAACAUGGGCCAGAUGGAUUAUCUAAGUUGGAUCCCGAAUGGGCCUUUGUUUCUACAUCUGGCUCCCCCGACUGUAAAAGGGAAGGCCACCAUGGAUGACAUCCUGUUGACUCUGCCCAACAUAUCGUUCGGAUCAGUCACCAUGUCUCACUGGUUCCUUAGCGAGAAGUACAAGGACUUUGUCCCUCUCGGUCAGUACCCUCAACGUUUUAGCGAGCCUGCAGUCCUGAGGAUGAUUGAGGACUUUCAAGCAGAGUUGUCCACGAUCAGCGACACCAUCGUGAAGAGGAAUGAGGAGCUUCAGCUGCCCUAUCUGUACUUGAAUCCCAAAGAAACUGAAAACAGCGUGACUAUUUAACAAUGUUAACAGGAAGUGCUGUUUUUGGGCAAUACUGACGUGAGACUGUGGCUUCAAAACAAAUGGCCUGGCAUAAUGUGAGCUUUUAAUGGUCAAUAAAGAGUCUCUGGUUGAUCUUGA